UCCCCGCCCGCAUCGGACCCGGCGCUGCUCUCCCACCCUCCCGAACCCUCCAUCUGGCCCCCGAAGCUAACAGUGGGGCGACCAAACGCGGCCCACCGCAGGGCGCGGAAGAGGAGCGGGAAGAGCGGGAGGCGGAGGGACGGGCGCGCCCACCAUCCCUCCUGGCCCGCACCGACCCCGCCUAUGCCGCCGGGCGAGGACCUAGGGUGAGAAUCCUGACUGUGGCCCAUGGGCCUCUGAGGAGGCAUAAGUCUGCCCAGCUCCCCACUUGCUGUGCUCCCACUCAAUGGGAAGGGAACCAAGGCCUUAUCCCACCAUAAGCCACGGCCUCGGGCUCUUGACAACACCAGGAUGGAAGUCAAAGGUCAGCUGAUCACCUCUCCCACUUACAAUGCCUCAGCUGCCCUGUUUGGGGAGGCCGCUCCCCAGGUGAAGUCAGAGCGUCUGCGGGGACUGCUUGACCGGCAGCGGGCGCUGCAGGAGGCCCUGAGCCUGAAACUUCAGGAGCUGCGCAAAGUGUGCCUCCAAGAGGCGGAGCUAACUGGCCAACUGCCCCCCGAGUGCCCGCUGGAGCCUGGCGAACGGCCGCAGUUGGUCCGACGGCGGCCCCCUGCGGCCCGAGCUUACCCUCCACCGCCCCCCAACCCAGUGCAUCACUCCCUGGGCCCUGGUCAGGAGCUGACCCUCGAGGCCCUGGAGCGCGAGGUGUCGGUGCAGCAGCAGAUCGCGGCGGCCGCCCGCCGCCUGGCCCUGGCCCCUGAGCUGAGCGCCGAGCAGCGGUGGCGCCGGCGCCAGGUCCAAGCCGAUGCUCUCCGGAGGCUGCAUGAGCUGGAGGAGCAGCUCGGGGACUUCCGAGUCCACCUUGGUCUUCCUGUGCUCCCGCUGUCCACCGGGGCAGUCCUCGCAGCCCAGGGUGUCUGCCUGGGCACACGUCUCACUCAGCUCAGCCAAGAGGAUGUAGUUCUCCACUCAGAGAGCAGCUCCCUCUCAGAGUCUGGGGCCAGCCACGAUAACGAGGAUCCUCGUAGCUGCUUCCCUCUGGCAGAGCGCCCCUCACCGCCCAAGACCUGGGACCAGCUGCGGGCAGUGUCUGGGGGCAGCCCUGAGCGGCGGACCCCAUGGAAACCACCCCAGUCGGAUCUCUAUGGCGACCUGAAGAGCCGAAGGAACUCUGUGGCCAGCCCCACCAGCCCCACACGCUCGCUGCCCAGGAGUGCCUCCAGUUUUGAGGGGCGAAGUGUGCCUGCCACCCCUGUCCUCACCCGGGGCACUGGCCCCCAGCUCUGCAAACCCGAAGGCCUCCAUUCCCGCCAGUGGUCUGGCAGCCAGGACUCCCAGAUGGGCUUCCCCCGGAUGGACCCGGCCUCGGACCACCGCGCCUCGCUCUUCGCAGCUCGCACCCGCCGCAGCAACAGCUCUGAGGCCCUGCUAGUGGACAGGGCAGCUGCGGGGGGAGCUGGCUCCCCGCCUGUGCCUCUGGCUCCCCCUGCCCCUGGUCCCCCAGUCUGCAAGAGCAGCGAGGUGCUGUAUGAGCGCCCCCAGCCAGUCCCUGCCUUCUCUUCCCGCACAGCUGGCCCCCCAGACCCUCCCCGGGCUGCCCGGCCGAGCUCAGCUGCUCCUGCCUCCCGGGGGGCCCCCCGGCUGCCCCCUGUUUGCGGGGACUUCCUCUUGGACUACUCCCUGGACCGGGGCCUGCCCCGAGGCUUUGGGGGGCCGGGCUGGGGGGAGUUCCUACCUGCUGAGGUCCCAGGACCCUUCUCCCGCCGGGACGGGCUCCUCGCCAUGUUCCCAGGCCCGCCACCCGUGCAUGCAGCUGAUGGCAGCAGCCCCCUCCUCCGCAGCAAGGACUCCCACCCCCGGGCCGCCCGCACCAAGCCCUGUGGCCUGCCCCUGGAGGCCGCAGAGGGCCCAGAGGGGCAUCCCAACCCCCUGCUGUGGAUGCCCCCACCCACCCGUGUCCCUCCAGCUGGCGAGCGCAGCGGCCACAAGAACCUUGCCCUGGAGGGGCUGCGGGACUGGUACAUCCGGAACUCGGGACUGGCCGCGGGGCCCCAGCGCCGGCCUGUGCUGGCCCACAUGGGCCCGCAGCACCCGCCCUUCCUGCACGCCCGCUGCUAUGAGGUGGGCCAGGCGCUGUAUGGGGCCCCCAGCCAGGCUCCCCUCCCGCAUUCCAGGAGUUUCACGGCGCCCCCUGUCUCCGGCAGAUACUACGCGGACUUCCUGUAUCCCCCGGAGCUGAGCGCUCGUUUAAGUGACCUGACGCUAGAGGGGGAGCAGUCCUCCGGUUCUGACCCUCAGACCCCGGGGACACUGGUCUGACCCCUUCUGAUACGCUCCUCGUUGGCCUGGGCGUGACUCCGGUCUGGGGAGCAGAUGCUGACCUCGCUGAGCCCUGGGGUGCGGUGGCUCUGAGUCCUGGGCAGGGGGCGCCCACCUGAUCUUCCAAGCCCCCCCGCCGGCUCCCUGUGGACCCCAAAAGGUGUCUGACACCCCACUUCUCCUCUCACACUGUGCUGAGAACUGGGGGCCCUCAGCCAGCUUCAAAGUGGGGGAUGGUGUAACGGGGGCUCCGAGCCCCUCCCUCCAUUUGUUUACAGUUGUGAUUUAGGUUUUCACUGUCUUUCCCCCGACACUAGACGUUUUAUAAAAGGGAAACUGUGAUCUUGUCUGGUUGGGUUCAUUCCUGUCCCUCGCCCAGCCUGUUCCGUUCAGGAACCCCUUCCAUGAAAUGGACCAUAUAGUCACAUGGCCCUGUUUGUGGCAGCUAGGGACCCCGGUGUGAACAGAACUCUCCGCCAUCCCCCACCAGGGUAGUUCUUGGGGAGGUGGGCUCUCUGCCCACAUUUGGUGGGGGGCUUGGGUUCAUCUUCCCACCCUAGGGGUGCGGGAAGGAGCCCCCGACCCUGUCUGCCUGUCUGUGCCCGCUUCCUCCACCCCCAGGGUGAGAUGACCCGGCCUUUGGUGGCAGCCUCUACCCUAUACCCACUCUGGGGGCCCCACAGGAGGGUCCAAGGACAGAUCCAGCAGGUGUGCUGUGUCCUGGGAUGCUUCCGUGGUGGAACCUGGCACCUGAGAGAUCGAUGCCAGUACAAUCCUCAGGUGACGCCCGGCCACAGGCCACGUCACAUCUUCCUUGACUUUCCUCCCACCCACCACUUUUUAAACAAAUGUACACAAGCUGUGUUUUCUAUGAUACCUGUCUGUGACUUUCCGGAGCUGGGGGGGUCCCCGUACCCCCUUUACCUGGUGUUAAAACUUUUCUUUUUGUAUCAACCGACCUGGGCCCAAGACACUACCCACACUGGAAGAGGAUUUUUAGAAUAAAUGUGUAAACCGAA